CUGUUACGCACACUCUCCAUUGUAUUCUACACAUUCUCAGCAAUACGUCAUCGCAUAUCCCAGCGAGCGUCUUCUAGCUGAGGCCCCUGUUGUCCCUCAUGGCCCCUCAUCCGUUUUCUAUAUGCAAGCGGAAGCUCGCGUUAACGUCAACGGCAUUCUACAGCUAACGUGGUGAAUUAAGCGAUGCUGUCUAGCUGCAUAUUGGCUCGCGAUAGUCGUACUCGGUGGUGAUUAAACCUGCGGGGAGGGACGCCCAACACACCAGGUUGUCCGGGGCCACGUGCUGCAUCGGACACCGGACGCCACCUGUCAAAGCUUGCUAGAGAUGUUCCUCGUCAUCAAUCGCCACUGCGACGACUGUUUCUCCUUCGUCCUAAUCCCCGGUGCUCAUCUCAACUCACCAUGCGCAACAACCGCACUCCCCUGAUCGCUCAGUUUGACUCUACCUUUGUCUCGCCAGGACCUCAGCAAACAGAGGAACUCAGAGCGGUGUUUGUGAAGAUGACGAGUAUCCACGAAGAUGCUGACGUGAUUCUAGAUCUGGUGGGCACCCUCUGCCAGGACCUCCGAGCUCUCCGAGACGAAGUCGGCCUCAAAAACCUUCCUUUCGCUCCUUUCGCCCUUGCCUGCAUAGAAGCAGAUGUAGUCCCUACGAUGACAGAGCUCUCUAGGCGCGAGUGGUAUGGGACGUCUACGCCAAAUGCGGUUUAUAUGGCUCAGUUCUGGGCCCUGGAAUCGCUCAGCUCAUUGAUGGCGAUGGGCGAUGUCUCAGAACGCCGGAGUCUUGUCCAAGCGCUACUACAAGAAGGCGCGCUGGAUGUCUGCGUGAAGAACUUGCGACACGAAUUCUGCUUUUUGCAUCAGAACGCCGCCACUACUUUACAUAAUUUUGCGUUUGCAAGCAUCCUAGGAGAGACGAUACCUCCUUCAAAGGCCGCUGAUGUCAUUGAGGCCGUUUGCGUUUUCGCGCUUCAAGGGCCGGAAGAAACGAUAGCCCAAAUGCACGACCCUGAGACAUCCUGGCAGAGAGCUAUGUUUAUGGAUAAGAAAAAUGAAACACCCAAGAAAGUGGAGGACUUUCCACCUCAUUUUUACGCGCUCACUGUGGAUAACGCAAUGUUUGCUGCACAUGCCGUUCUGUGCACGUUUCCUCCUCAGUCGCGUCAGUUUUGCCUCGCGAUUCUGAAGGAAAAGCCACACAUCAUCGACCUACUUCUCGAUUGCGCUAUUCUUGAUCGACCAGAACACUACCCGCAAAGCAAAGCAAGCAUGUAUGCCUGCCGAACACUCCUCUUACUAUUCGCCCUGCCGAGCCAUGCAAUACCUGGGGUGACAAAACCAGACAAGAAAAGCCGAGAAUGGAAAGCUUUCUCACAGGCCUUAACAAUCUUGACCUCCCGUACCGACUGGCUGGAGAGAUUGAUUGAGGUCUGGAUGCACGUCGAAGAGGAGGACAAAGACCACGUUGCAAUGUAUAUCCAUGAAAGUGUGCGCGAAGGCAGCACAGGUGUUGACCCUUACGAACGUGACUCCUUAUGGAACGUCUCAAAGACUCGCGUGGAAUGCCUGGCAUCUACGCUACAGUUGAUCGACAUCCUCACUCAUAACGCCGAGUCUUGCGGAAUUUCUAACGCACAGAUCGAGUCUCUCCUUCACAUCGCUUACCAGGGAUGCGUCAAGUGCAGCAAACCGUUAAACGAGUGCAAAACUGCCGACGAAGCUGUCUGGGCGCUCGAACUCGACAAAGACAUUUAUGAUACUCCCCAUCUAAUGAAUCCUUCUGGAAGCAUGCCCACCGAGACCCCGUUCUCAGUUCCGCCUCGGGAAACAAUAGGACCAAUAGCACUUGUCCGUCUUAUCGUUGUUCUCGCGCAACGGAAAGCACUGGACGGCAUCCAAACGCUUCUCAAGCCACCCAAUGGACUGACCUCCUCAACAUCUCUUGCGCACAUUCAACAUAUCACACAUCCUGACAUGAUUUGCCGCAUCAUCAAGCUCUCGUUGACGCGCAUUCUCGAACGAAUAGAGGAUGCCCGUGAGCAUCUCGCGUCAAAGAAGGAUGCACACUGCUUCAACACCGUUUGCAUGAAGUUCUUGAGCGCGGCGGAGCUAGCCGCGGCACUGAUUGCGCUAGACGAUAACACCGACGGCAGAUAUACUGCGGAGAUUCGUGGUGCGAGGAAGCAGCUUGUGAUCGCUCUGGGAAACGCAGCGCAGAUGGCACUCAAUCUCAAGCAUUAUCAGCGGGCGCUUGGAUACGCUACAAGCGCUGUCGCUGCAACAGAGCGUAUUCCACCAGAGGAAGGCCUGAGCAGCGAGGUCAUCGAGAGGAACAAGCGACGGUUUAUUCAGGCGAGCGCUGGGCUUCAACGGCCGCGUUAG